CGCGCGACAUCGCUUUACCACGCACGCGAAGCUUUGUCUGCUAACCCGCCGUAGUAGUGCCGUUCACAGCGCCGUAGCGAGGACCCAUCUCUACACCCGUCGGUGCGAAUAAACACAAAGGAAGUAUUCCACGAGGAGGAAGUCUGGUUGUAUACAGCCCGACGAGAUACCAGCUGUCUAAUGUUCCGACCAUCUCGUCCUUCAAGAACUUAAUCAUGUUUGCUUUCCACCGUCCCAAGAUUUACAGAAGUAUUAAUGGCUGUUGUAUAUGCCGAGCAAAAUCGUCAAGUUCAAGAUUCACAGACAGCAAAAAGUACGAGAAUGAGUUCAAGUUGUGCUUCGACCUCGGCGAGGAGCAGAAGAGAGCUGGGGAGAUUUGCAACGCGUGUGUGCUGCUCAUUAAAAGGUGGAAGAAACUUCCAAAGGGAACGGAAAGGAACUGGAAUCAUGUGGUUGACGCCAGAGCAGGACCCGGAGGCAAAAGCCUCAUUCGGAGUAAACUGAAGCACACAUCCAUGCUGGGAAAAUCGUCGCCAUCGUCGGGGCUUCGUGGUUGCAACAUCCGCAAACGUAAACACAGGAGCGUGGAGAGCAUAAGGAAGAUGAGGCUCAUGGAUAGACUGACACGACCUUCGGGUGAAGAUCCCGAUAAGCCUCCUCUUAGUCCAACUGCGAGCGAGAGUUCCAAUGACGAACUAGACGAGGUGCGGAGUCGAGAAGGACUGGAGUUGAUGACACCACAGGAACGAUUCGAUCUACCACCAUCAUUAAGAGCAAUUCUCGACACAACGUACUGGAAAAUGGAACAGAUCUGCUGUGGUACCAUCUUCAAGGGAGGCCGAGGCGAGGUGCUGAUUGAGCCAACUCUCUUCAAGCCUUGCACCGCGUGCUCGGGCUCCUCCAGCCCGCCAUCGCCGGCCCGACGCUCGGGAUACAAGACGGCGGACACGAAGCGCGACGCACGACCGGACAGCCUCGGAAGCGACGAUUCUCUGGAGAUAUCAGACAGGGAGGAGAUAGACGAAUGCAUUGCUGACGAUGAGACCACAAGUACUGAAGGAGACGUGUUGGAAACUCUAAUGGGGUUUGCAGAUGUGGCAACACCCGAAAAGGGCGUGGUCACCACAGUUGGAAACUUGGUCACAGUUGGAAACUAAGAAUGAAAUUGGUUAACCUGUCUUUGGUUAUACAACUUCAAAAUACUGAUGCCAAAUUUCUUUCUGAACACUCACGUGAAUGGUCCGAAAUCCAACAUGUUCCAACAAAUAUAGAAGAUUCAAUUUGGCAUUCCUAUGAGGAGCCUAAACCUGAAAUGGGUCGUUUGGGACGGACACAAAAAUUAUAAGCCCAAAUGGGUCUUGAGCUGAGAAACCAUUCCGUUCUUGAAAAAAGUCAGUGUAAAAACGCACGCAAUAUUCUAAACUGUUUUUUUUUAACUGUUCAAAGAUCAGGUGACAUGUUAAAUACUGAACGGUAUACGUUUCCAUGUCUAUAUCUGAGUUUGUAUAUUUAAGAUAACCGAACCCACACCUACCAAAGGUAUCAAAAGUGUCGCCCAAAUACCCUACAAUUUAAAGUUGUAAACUUUUUCCAGUAGACAACAGAUGAUGCUUAUUAAAUUAAUCCAUAAUAGAUAAUGCUCCAAAACGAGUGGAUUGCAAAUCAUAACACUCAUUUUUUGUCAGAUAUUAUUUACUCGCUCAAUGUGAAAGAUGAUUUAUAUCUGAGAUAUCAACACUUCAAAAAAAGUUCAUAACAUCUGACGUCAUCAUUUGAUACACGUGGUAUGAGUAGUCAUAAUUUUCCUCUCACACUAAUGAAAACAAAAAUUACCUGAAAAGAAUCGGUGUUUGCAUCUUAAAACCUUUACAAUAUUUCCAAUUUGUACUGACCAAUCAUGUUAUAACAAAUCGACAAUCAUUCCAUAACUUAUACGAUUAUCCCUUAUCAGUGGUGCUUCCAUUUUUUAUAUUAAAAUUAUUAUGUAUCUUGUUUUUUACUACCUCCAAGACAAAGAUGCAAUCCGUUUUCAAUUUUGAACUUUUUUGACGACUUUUUUUACCUGACGUAAUUUAUAUGACAAGUUUAUAUAGUUAUGCUGCAAAACGAAUUCCAUUGCAUUUCGCAAGGUGUUGGUUUAGAAAAUGUUAAACUCAUAUUUGUUUGUUUUGAACAAAUCGUACGAUUUUUCAAGCAAAUCCAUCAGUGUUCUUUGGGGAAACAAAGAGGUAUAAAAUAAAAAGAUUUUGUUCAAUGUAUAUCCACAGCAGGAAAACCUAUCUGGGUAUACCUUUUAAAAAAUAGCACCACUAUGUUUUGACCAGCGACACUGAAGAUGAUGUUUACCUGUUAAGUUUAAGAACAGUUGUGAACUAAUUAAAAAUAUCCAAUCAACGAAAAUCCCAAGAAAGUAUUGGGGAAAUAAAAUUUGAAAAUCAGGUACUUACGAAACACAAUAUGUAAAGACUAUAAGACAGUUUUAGCGUAUGACGCAAUACCGUCGACUUUGGAAACUUAAUUUUUUGCCUUCAAAAGGUUUACACUAUGCAACAAGUCUGUAUUGUUUGUGUUUUCAUUUAUAACCGUCGAAUUUAAUUCAAUCUUCAAGAAUUUGGCUCAUUUUUAAAACCUUUUUUAGGGGAAUAAUAAUAAAGUAUCUGUGUCCGAUUUGCAAUAGACAGCUGCUAACAAGAUUUUUGCCCAAAUAAUGGUCGAAAUGUGACCAUAAAAAAAGUGCUGUAAAUACAUAUUUAUUUUAGAAACAUUUUAACCAUUUCCUGAGAAAAUGGGAUGUAAAAACCAAUGCCAUUAUUAUUUUAUGCCCCACUAAACUCUACAUAUCAACUGAAAAGUGCCUCCGAGUUGAUAUUUUUUUUAGUUUAAAAGUAUUCAGUCUUUUUAGAUGUUUACUAUGUUUGUAUAAAUCAUUGUGGUGCUGUAUAUUGGCUAUGUAAAGUGUUCAAUAAUGGACUACCAUGAGAUGGGAAACUGCACGAUAGUCCUUCACCAUGCAUCCGCCAUCUUUGUCAUACAGAAAUACCAUUAGGCCUUUUCGAAAAUCUCGGCAUGUGAUCCAGUUUCGUUAUUAAAAAUGGAGUAGAUACAGUAUUUCCAACAUCAAACGGAGCUGGGAGCCGGAGCCCAGGUUUGGAAAAUACAUUUUAGAUUGAGGUGUCCAGCUUUUUUAUUCUCCUCCUGAAUCCGAUGACAAAGACAAGAUAAAAACAAAAUGGCCGACUAAUGGUGGAGGUCUACUCGUGCAGGGUUUUGGUUUGAAACCAAGAUAGCAGGAGACAAUGUGUAAAAAACUUGCAGAGAGAAUGCCAUAUUUUUGUUUUAAAAUUCGCCAUGUUUUGAACUUCAUGUUUGUUCAAAAUGUGGACUGGCUGAAAAGGUGAAAAUAUAAAGAAAAGGUGAAAAUAUAAAGAUGUAUUAUAGUGAGGGAGAUACCGGAACGGACGACUGGUUGGUCACUUGUGGCCAUUUUGUAUAAAAAGUGGUCAUGGAGUUGCUAGGGAGAGCUAGCAAAGUAUGGUGCCGCAUUGUGUGCAUAUAAAUAAAUUGUAGUUGUAAGAAUGUAUGUAUUCAUUGUUAAAUUGUCAUGUCAAGAUGUGCUGAUUGUGUAUAGGAAUGCUGAGUAUGGUGUUUGUUGUAAUGCGAUGUGUAUGAGAUUUGUAAUAAUAAAAAUAAUAAAAAAACA